UAAUCAAUUAGUCAAACGCACAUCGCUUCUGGUCGUCUUCCUGCCUCCCUCUCCUCCUCCUCCCCCUCGCCGAGCUUCUCCUCUCGCCAUUUCCUCCCCGAAUCACCGCCGCCCAAAUCCACCGCGGCAAACCCCUCUCCCCCCGUGCUCGUCGAGCAAUCCGGAGCCCUCCGCGCGAAGAUUCCGCGGAGCAGGCCGCUGUCUCCCCCCUCGUCUCCGACUCUCCCGCCGUAUCGCUGCGGCCAGCAGCCUGAAUCUCGAGGCCGACCAGCUCGCAGGGGCUCCAGGGGCGGAUAACGUUCCCUCUCGGCGUCCCUGCGGGUCGGCGGCCCGAAUCCGUUGCUGGAGGGAGCCCGGGGGCUCCUCCGGAUAAGAUCGGAGCAGGGAUUGGUGGGGCUCGCUGGGUAGGGCCCGGCCAUGGCGCUGUUCCGCAAGUUCUUCUUCAAGAAGCCGCCCGACGGGGUGCUCCUCAUCACGGAUAACAUCUACGUUUUCGAUCAUUGCUUCUCCUUGAAUGCACCGGAAGAGGACCAGUUCGAGGCACACACCAGAGGCAUCGCAGCACAUCUUCUAGAAGACUUCCAUGAUCACUCAUUCAUGGUCACGAACUUCGGGACUCGGGCAGAGGAAAGCCGCUUAUACCACAUUUUAUCCGAGUAUGGCAUGACUGUUUUGGACUACCCGGGCCACUACGAGGGGUGUCCACUUCUCACCAUCGAAAUGGUCCACUGCAUCCUGAAGUCCAGCGAAAGCUGGCUCUCUCUGGGCCAGCACAACUUACUCAUAAUGCACUGCGAGCAAGGGUGCUGGCCUAUCCUGGCUUUCAUGCUAGCCGCUCUCUUGUUGUACCUGGGCCAGUAUUCAGAUGAGCAGAAAACACUGGAUAUGCUCUACAAACAAUCAUCUUCCGAGUUCUUGGAGAUGUUCUCACCUCUAAAUCCCAUGCCUUCUCAAAUUAGAUACUUGCGGUAUAUUUCGAUGAGGAAUGUCAUGCCUGAGUGGCCUCCCGCUGAUAGAGCCCUCACACUGGAUUGUCUGACUUUGAGGAUGCUUCCUGAUUUUCAAAGUCAAGGUGGUUUUUGUCCAAUAUUCAGGAUAUAUGGUCCAGAUCCACUCAUGCCCCAUGAUCAGACUCCCAAAGUUCUUUUUUCAACCCCCAAAACAAGUAAUCUUGUCCGUUUUAAUUCACAGGCAGAUGAACGGGUGAACAUAAACCUUCAAUGUCAUGUCCAAGGUGACGUUGUCAUAGAGUGUAGCAACUUGUAUGAUGAUCUAGAUCGCGAGGAGAUGGUAUUCCGGGUCAUGUUCAACACCGCUUUCAUCAGGUCAAACAUCUUGAUGCUCAGCCGUGAUGAAAUAGACAUGCUAUGGAAUGCAAAAGAUCAAUUCCCUAAAGAUUUUCGAGCUGAGGUUAUCUUUUCUGACAUGGAUGCAACUACUUCGCUUGUUACGACAGAGCCUUUGAGUCAUCAAGAUAAACAAGGACUUGGUGUUGAAGAGUUUGCUAAAGUGCUAGAUAUCUUCAACCAUUUGGACUGGUUGGAUGGGGAUAUGGAUAUUGCACUGGACACACCCCAGAAAAGGUUCCAGGUUACUUCCCAAGGAAAUAUUAAUGCAUCCCCUCCUGAUGAGCCUGAAACCUUUUUUGAUACUCAAGAAGAACUUGGCUUUGAUAAUUUCUCUGGUGAAAUCAACUCUUCUGCUCGUGUGCUGAAGCUUCAAAAUCACUUUGGUAUGCUUGGCAGCACUGAACUUAAACAAGGCCCCCCACAUUCAAGUCCAACGGAAGUUCCAUCCAAACCACAUAGAAUAGAUUUGGAUCCUUCACGAACAGAGCCUCCUUCGGUGUUGUUUUCACCAUCAGAGGUUACAAAGCCAAAGGCUAGUGCUUCAUCAGUAGCAACAUCUUCAGUUACAGUUACACCCCAGCCUGUAUUUUCACCAGUUCAACCGCAGCCACUGCCAUCUGAUUCUGCUGUGCAAAUUUCAUCAGAGGCAUCAGCGACAACAUCUGCAGGGAAGCCUGGUUCACAAACUCCAAUACAGCAUGAACCUUCACCUCUUAUGGUAACUAAAUCAGGAUCAUCAACAUCUUGGAUACCAUCAUGUGCACCUCCUCCGCUUCCUCUCCGACCGGCCACUGUUUCAUUAGCCCCUGUUCCCCCUACCUUACCCAUAAAUACUAGUACAAGUCUGAUCAGUGUUUCCCUUAAAUCAACCAUGCCCUCCCCUUCACCUCCUCCAGAGCCAUCAGCCUUUGCACAAGCUUUUGCAACGGAACAACUGGUUAAAUCACAAGAAUCUUCUUACGAGAUUCUCAAGUCACUGCCUGAUACUUCUACAGCUUCAGCUUCUUCAGUUUGUAUACUAAAGGAAUCUAGUACCCCUAAAGCAUCUUCACCGGUGACGUUGCCUGCAAUUCCUCUGAAUUCAGACUCAGGGCCCUUAGUAACUCCAGUCACAAGAUCAGAUCUUAACCCAGCAUCGUCGCUCCCACCACCACCACCGCCACCUCCCCCUCCUCCUAUAAAAGCAGCCACUGUGUAUGAACAGGAGACAAGCAGGAAAGAAAAGGUUGCACCACCUCAGCCUCCACCCCCACCACCUCCACCAGCACUGCCACAAGCACCUUUUGAAAAUGCUACACAGUCGUUUACUACGUAUGAAAUUUCUUCCCCACCAGUUCGAUCUUCACCACCACCCCCGCCCCCGCCACCACCUCCCUCAUUGGUAAGCAGAAAAGAAACGGUUACACCACCUCAGCCUCCUCCUCCGCCACCUCCACCAGCACUGCCACGAGCACCUUUUGCAAAUUCUUCUACACAGUCGUUUACUGCGUAUGAAAUUUCUUCCCCGCCAAAGAAAGUUCGAUCUUCACCACCACCACCACCGCCACCACCCCCCUCAUUGGUAAAAUCAUCAUUUUCUCCUCCACGUGCACCGCCGCCACCACCCCCACCUCCUCCACUACCUAAUAACCAUUUAGUUUCAUCAUCUCAUCUGCAGUUUGCUGACAAAAAGGUCAGUUCAGCAUCAAAAUAUGCGGUUCCAUCACCUUUGAGCCCCAACUUUUCACAAACAGUUCCAAGGCUGCAAGCACCAACCAUUCCACCACCACCUCCUCCACCUCGAAGUAGCUCGUUGGUUUCUUCAUGUCCAUCCACAAGUGGUAGACAUUUCAUGGCUGCCCCUCAUCCUCCCCCACCUCCCCCACGAUUGCAUACCAUGGCAUCUCGUGUAUUGGCGCCACCUGCACCCCCGUUACUCGUUGCUGCCCCUCAUCCUCCCCCACCUCCCCCGCCAUUGCAUACCAUGUCAUCUCGUGGGUCAGCACCACCUGUACCCCCAUUGCCUCCUCCGAAGCUAGCUGGGGCCAGCAAUGCUUCACAAAAACAAUCAGUAACCCGACCACCGCCACCUCCACCAGGCCCACCUCCUAAGAAUUCUUCAAACUCUUUGCCAAGCAAAGGAACCGUUGUCAGUGCUGCCCCUCCCCCGCCUCCUACAUUAUCAUUUGGUGCAAAGGGCCGCAGCGCAGUCCGGUCAAAAAGCCCUAGAGGUUUGCGUGCCAACCAGCCAUCCAAGAGGACACCUCUGAAGCCAUUACACUGGGUAAAAGUGUCAAGAGCAACACAGGGAAGCUUAUGGGCAGAUACACAGAAGUCUGAUGAAGCAUCUAGGACUCCAGAGAUUGAUCUGUCUGAGCUUGAAAGUCUUUUCUCAGUAUCCAUGCCAAGUACGGAUGCAAAACGGACACGCCAACGUCCUCCUGUUGCAUCAAAACAAGAAAAAGUUCACUUGAUUGACCUCCAGCGUUCAAAGAAUUGUGAAAUUAUGCUGCGGAACAUUAAGAUGCCAUUGCCUGAUUUGAUGGCUUCAGUGCUUACCCUUGAUGAUUCCAUCGUUGAUGGUGAUCAAGUAGAUUAUCUGAUAAAGUUCUGCCCAACUAAGGAAGAAAUGGAACUGCUCAAAGGUUAUACAGGCAGCAAAGAUAAUCUAGGAAAAUGUGAGCAGUUGUUCUUGGAAAUGAUGAAAGUGCCAAGGGUGGAGUCAAAACUGAGAAUCUUAUCCUUUAAGAUAAAGUUUCUUACACAGGUUGCAGACGUGAAAAAUAACUUGAAUACCAUUAAUGGUGUUGCUGAAGAGGUUAGGAACUCUGACAAGCUUAAGCGAGUGAUGCAAACAAUUCUUUCCUUGGGGAAUGCAUUAAACCAAGGAACUGCAAGGGGUUCAGCCGUUGGAUUUAGAUUAGAUAGUCUUCUUAAGCUCAUUGAUAUACGGGCACGAAACAAUAAGAUGACUCUCAUGCAUUAUUUGUGCAAGGUUCUUGCAGGCAAGCUUCCUGAAGUUCUUGAUUUUGUUAAGGAUCUUGCGCAUUUAGAACCCGCCACAAAGAUCCAAUUGAAAGACUUGGCGGAGGAAAUGCAAGCGAUAACUAAGGGACUGGAAAAGGUUGAGCAGGAACUGGCAACAUCUGAAAAAGAUGGUCCAGUGUCUGAGACGUUUUACAAGAAACUGAAGGAAUUUCUGGCUGAUGCCCAAGCUGAAGGGAGGUCAUUAGCUUCGCUUUACAGUACAGCGGGCAAAAGCGCGGAUUCUCUAGCACAUUAUUUUGGUGAAGAUCCUGUGCGGUGUCCAUUUGAGCAAGUUGUCUCCACUCUGCUAAGCUUCGUGAAAACUUUCGAGCGGGCGCAUGCCGAGAACCUCAGGCAGGCGGAGGCGGAGAAGAAGAAAGCCCAGAUGGAAGCCGAGAGAGAGAAGGCGAAGGCAGCUGCCGCUCACAAGAAGGCGGGGUCGCCGGAGCCAGGGGUUUCCGACCGAUGACUGAUCCGUCGUCGAAACUUAGACAUGACCGAUUUCCACUAAUUUCUUACCGUGUGAAAGUGGAGGCCAGGAAGACAAAGCUCCGUGUAAAAAGAAAGUCACAGGCAGUAGUGCAUACCAAUGUGGCAAAUGUGAUUGAUAGGUAGACUUGAUAUA